AGAAAUUGGUCUCUUAAGCUCCGUGAAUCAUAAAGUAUUUUCUCGUACCUGGGUAAAAAAAAAUAAAACUUUACUCACCUAUAAAUGUCACAUACAGUCAUGUGACCACUGGCGGCAGCAUCAUGUGAACAAUGUCGUUAAUGUUCUCGGACUCCCAAUGUUCGGACCCCCCGCGAUCAGCUUCUUAUCCCCUAUCCUGUGGAGUUCUCCUUUGAGAAUAUUACAUAUUGCACAUUUUUUUAAGUCCCCAUGUGGGACUAUUAAUAGCAAGAUUUCAGUUGCUAGUACUGUUCAGUGCAACUGCAAGUAAGAGACCUUCAGCUACCAUCUUAACUCAUCGGAUCCCUGCGAUUGCAUUGCGGGGGUCUGAUGUGUGUCUCAAAACCAUCAGCAACUGUAUUUUCGUGCUGUAGAUGUAGAUGCUGUGGUCAGCAUUUGUGGUGUCCCGGUACUGUAUUUCAUACUGUACCUUGUGUGCUGGGUCCCCAAAGUUAGAGUUCCUUGGUACCGUUGGGGUCCGCUUGCUGAGAUAACCCCUAGUCACCUCUUUGUUCCUUAAUUUUAUGUGUUACAUGUAUAUAAUUAGUGUAAUAUAUUGAUCUAUAUAGUUUCUGCAGGACCUUAGGUCAAAUGACUAAUGUUUCUACUGUGAUGGUAUGCUAAAGGACCUUCCAGGUCAUGUGGGUAGUCACAUGUUCUACCAUAAUCCUUUGUGUAAAGGACUGACAGUUGGGAUGAACCAAUCAGCUCAAGGCCAGCCCCUGCCCAUAUAAGGGAGCUGCCAGCCAAUCCUCGCUCUCUUGGUUUCCGGACUAGCAAAGAGAGGAGAUCCGUGCGACUUACAAGACAAACCCAGGCCUGAAGCCUAACAAUCUCGCAACUUACUAAUCGUUGCGGUGCAUCGAGAUGUGACAUCAAUAGUCAGGUAAUGACAGGGAGCUUGUCCUGCUUCAAUGGGUGGAGCGACCGCUGGGUGGGAAAGAGAUCAUUUUGCAACAGCACACAGAAAUGCAUCGAGACCCACAGAGGCUUGAAAAUAAUGUCCACCCAGUUAUCGAAUGAGUCCAUGAAGAAUGCGUCGCAGACGUUCUCAGGCCUGGAUUUCCUCUUCGACAUGAAGCCCCUGUUCAUUCCUUUGUAUGCCUUGCUGGUGACUGUGGCUUGCUUAGGAAACAGUGUCCUGAUCCUACUCAUUGCCUUUACCAAGAAGCUUCACAACACUACCAAUUUCCUCAUCGGGAACCUGGCGGCAGCAGAUCUGGUCAUGUGCAUCUUCUGCGUCCCGCUGACGGCCUCCUACGCCUUCGAAACCCAGGGGUGGCUGUUCGGAAAAUUCAUGUGCCACUUUGUCCCUUUAAUGCAAGCCUCCACCGUUUUCGUGUCUGUGUUAUCGCUGACGGCUAUCGCAAUAGACCGGUAUGUGGUUGUUGUCUAUCCCAUCCGACGAAGAAUAGGCUGUAAGUCGUGCAUUUACAUAGUGACAUUUAUCUGGAUGGUCUCAAUUGGUGUCUCUCUACCUACAUCCAUGCAUACCCAUUACCUGGAUCUCAAGGAGGUUGGCCAUAACAUGAUCAUUUGUGAGGAGUUUUGGAGACACCAAGAAAGGCAACGACUUCUUUAUUCGUGCGCGAUGCUGCUUUUGUCUUACAUGCUCCCUCUUUCCGCUGUUACGGUUUCCUAUUGCGCCAUUGCCUACCAUCUUAGGAAGAGGAAUGUCCCCGGGGCUGCGACCCUUAACCAUGAAAAAUGGUCUAAAAAGAAGCAGAAGACCUUCCGGAUGCUUAUUAUAUCAGUCAUGGCCUUUGCCAUAUGUUGGUUGCCUCUCCAGGUGGUCAACCUCAUCCGGGACAUCGAUGAAGAUUUCACCAUUUUGGAUAAGGACUAUAUCAAUGUAAUCCAGGUGACCUGCCACCUUAUCGCCAUGAGCUCUGCCUGCUACAACCCCUUCAUUUAUGCCUCUCUGCAUGAUAAAUUCCGUUUCCACCUUCGAAAUUACUUCUACCACCAUAAGAAGAGAACCAGCACCAUGUCCAGCAAGAACUCAAGACUCAAUACUUGCUCUACCCUGGCCGAUGUUCCCAUGGUCUUGUCUGACAAGAUGACCCUCCAGGGGAGGUUCUCCUACAACUAGAAGCGUAGCAUUGUCCAUGAAUCCAUCUGUGUAUUGCCGUGUUCCUCACAUAGCGAGAUGAGUUCUAACCAGUGUCUUGUCGGUUUAGAUCUCGCAUACAUCUGUUGUACAUAAUUGAUGGUUUAUGUUCUCAAAAUUUCCAUUGUUUUCGAUCAAAAUGUUCUUUUUUUUAUUUUUAUUUUUUACCACUCCAUCUUACUCAGGGACUGAAAUACUUUAAUACAAGAAUCCUCAAUUGGCUAAGAAUAAUUGGGUAUAUAGAUAUAGUUGGUGAAGUAUUUGUGCUCUACGUUGUGUUCUUUUCAAAUAGUAAUGUGCCAAACCUUCUGUACAUUGUUCUGCGGGUACAAUCCGGACAUGAAUAUGCCUUCAUCUUUACAUACUAUGAAAGAUACGACCCGAUUGGUUGCUACGGCAACUGGUCAACUUUGCCUUUGCACAAGUUUUGAUAAAUCUCCCCCAUAGGGGGAGAUUUAUCAAAACCUGUGCAAAGGCAAAGUUGACCAGUUGCCCAUUUUAACCAAUCAGAUCGCUUCUUUCAUUUUUGAACAAGGCCUCUGAAUAAAGAAAGAAGCGAUCUGAUUGGUUGCUAUCGGUGACUGAUCAACUUUUGCUCUGCACAGGUUUUGAUAAAUCUCCCCUUUGUGACUAUGAAUGUUUAUAAAUAUAUUGUAUAUUCCAGAGAAUAGUUUUGUUCCGUUUUGUAUUUAUCUAAAACCUUAUAAAAACUUCUAUAAAGGCUUUAAAUGCUAUGUUGUGUUGCAGUAUUUUAUAUCCAAUGGGUAUAACCUCAGGCGGUCACCUG